AUGGCGCCGCCUUCCCGAGGUGCUGUCGGAGGACGCUCUAGUAUGCGUCCAGGAACACGAACAGCCGUCCCGUCCAGACUCACAGGCACACGCCACGCGUCGGUAGCAUCCCGACUGGCCCGAGCGGAAUCACCAGCAGAGUCCCUCAUAUCGGUAGCAACAGCAGCCACCUCUGGCGCGAAGCGCAAGGAACGCGACUUUGAUCUCGACGACGGUGAGGCUACGAACAUCAACGUCGUCGUAAGAUGUCGCGGUCGCAACGAGCGCGAGGUCAGGGAGAACAGCGCCGUGGUGGUGCGGACUGACGGAACCAAGGGCAAGUUGGUUGAGCUCUCAAUGGGGCCGAACGCGGUCAGCAACAAGACAUACAAUUUCGAUCGCGUCUUCUCGCAGGCGGCAGACCAAAGCAUGAUAUUCGAGGAUGUGGUCAAGCCGGUUCUGGACGAGAUGCUGGCGGGUUACAACUGCACCAUCUUCGCGUACGGACAGACGGGGACGGGCAAGACGUACACCAUGUCGGGUGAUCUAACAGAAACAAUGGGCAUGCUGUCCGACAAUGCCGGGAUAAUUCCCCGCGUGUUGCAAGCACUGUUCAACAAGCUGGAAAUUGACGAGAAGGAUAACGCCGUCAAGUGCUCUUUUAUCGAAUUAUACAACGAGGAGCUGCGGGAUCUCCUGGCACCCGACGAGGGCACGAAACUCAAAAUCUACGACGAUAAUUCUCGCAAAGGCCACUCGACUACUGUCGUGCAGGGAAUGGAGGAGAGAUACAUCAUGAACGCUGCAGACGGGCUAAGGUGGCUCCAGGAAGGCAGCGUGAAGCGUCAGGUCGCUGCCACUAAGUGCAAUGACCUGAGCAGUAGGAGUCACACCGUCUUCACCAUCACGGUCUAUACCAAGCAGAAAACGGAGAACGGGGAGGAUUUCCUCAUGCUGGGCAAGCUGAACCUCGUCGACCUAGCCGGGAGCGAAAACAUUCAGCGGUCUGGUGCCGAGAACAAGCGCGCAGCCGAGGCCGGCUUGAUCAACAAAAGCUUGCUGACCCUGGGACGCGUCAUCAACGCUCUGGUUGACCGCAGCGCGCACAUUCCCUACCGAGAAUCCAAGCUCACCCGCUUGCUGCAAGACUCGCUCGGAGGCCACACGAAAACGUGCAUAAUUGCAACGAUAUCACCGGCCAAGAGCAACAUCGAGGAGACAAUAUCGACCCUAGACUACGCUUUUCGAGCCAAGAACAUUCGCAAUAAACCCCAGCUCAAUGCGUUGACUAACAAGAAGACGUUGCUGCGGGACUUCACCAUCGAAAUUGAGCGUCUCAGGGGUGAAUUGAUUGCAACACGGCAGCGCAAUGGCGUCUACCUUUCGAACGACGUGUACGAGGAGCUCACAGUACAGAACGAGUCACGCCGGAUCUUGACGGAGGAACAAGCGGCCAAGAUUGAGACACUCGAAACUAAUCUGCGCCACAAGGUGCAGGAGUUCCUGUCGCUAACCUCGAACCUGAUGGGGCUCAAGAAGGAUCACGAGGCGACACUGUCCCAGCUCAGCGAGACGAAGGAGAUCCUGGAACAGACGGAUAUUGUGCUGGCAGUCACCAAGAAAGCGCUCGCCGAAGAGACGUACCUCCGGAAAGCCCACCAGGCCACCGAGGAGCAGCUGGCUGUUAUUGGAGACAACUUGAUCAGCACGCUUGCGAAAACGGUCGUCGACGUUGAUGGCUUACACGCCAAGAACAGGCGCAGGGCAGACCUCCACGAUCUCAACCGUAGUACCUGGAACAUGUCGCAGGCGCAGGUCGCGAACGUCACUGAGCUCGUCGAGAGGCGCAUUGAAGAGUUUCGUCAGGACCAGGAGGAGCACAUCUCGGACAUCUCGGAGCGCAUGCAGGCGUUUGUAAGGGAAGAGCUUGAGAAAUUGUCGUCGACACAAACCUUCUUGGACCAGAACCUCGCCCAAUUUGCCGAGUCAAGGGCGCAAUUGCUAAGGCAAAAGGAGCGGUCCAAGGAGGAGAUGGACGGCGUGCUGGAAGAAAUCAAGGUUGUUCGGGACAACGUGAAACAGCGCGUCGGCGAAAGUCUACAAGCCAUCGCCGCGGCGGCGGAGCGGAUCGCCGGCGACGUGCUCAGCGAGCUGGGCACGUUCCACGACCAGCUGCACUCCUCAUAUAGCUCAUUGGGACAGGACUUCAAGGCCGUCUUUGAGGAGCUGCUCCGACACAUUCGAGCCCAGAAGGCAGAAUCUGAUAGGCUCAGGCAGGAGCUGGAGGAGGCAACCCAAGCCAUGGUAGAAUCGAACCAGUCCGUCUCCGCCAAAAUACAGGAGGUGCUGGACGAGGAACGGAAACAGGCGGCAGCAGAACGACAGGCCCUCUUGGCCCAGAUAACGAAGCUGAUCAACUCGCAAGCGGAGCUCCAAGAGUCACGCCUAGCCGAGAAGGCGACCGUAAUUCGAGAAACGAUACUCGAGUCGAACAAGAGCUUGGAGGGCAGUGUUGCGGAGUAUGCGGAAGGCAUGGACGUCUGGAGCGAGAGGGAUAGCAAGUUGCUCGAGGAUGUCGCCAGUUCCAGGGACGCUCUGAAAACUAGACUGAAGGACGAUUGGACGACCGCGAGCAAACACAGCAACUCGAUCCAAGCAGCCACCAAGUCCGUACAUGCGGAAACGGUGCGUGUGGUCGAGGAGCAGAUGGAGGACCUUGAUGUCCAGAUGCAGGAUCUGGACGGUUUUGUGUCGCGGGCCAAGUCACAAAAUGCUAGUCUUCAUGUCCAGCACGGCGAAUCUGUGCAAGAUCUGGAUAAUACGGUGCAGCAGUCGUUCAGCAACAUAUCAAACCACUUUAAAGAAACAUUUGCCCGAGUUCAAGAUCUUGGCGACGAAAUGGACGCCGACGCCAAGAAGCUGCAAGACGCCCUGGAGCCUCUCGACGAGGCCGUCUGCCAGCCGCUGGCCGAGCUCAGGGAAGACAUCCAGGGCACCGAGUUGCGCGAAUACGAACCGACGGGCAACACUCCGGAAAAGACCAAGUACGAGUACCCGACGGAACUGCCUCGCACCCAGGCCCACGAUGCGCUCAUCGCAUCCAUGGCUGGAUCACCAACUCCGACCAAGCCGAGCCCUUCGGUCUCGCCGGACUUGAACUCGACGCCAGUCACCAACCAGUCUCCGUCGCGGCGGCCUAGCAGCUCAUCGAGCCAGCAGUCUGAAGGCAAGAAUGCGCUGAGCAUGAGCGGCCUUAGGGAGGUGAAUCCGAACCUGACGACCACCAACUCGAUCAUCUUUAGCGACCCGCCUGCCAGCAGCAUCCUGUCUCCCACAGCAGGGAGCGACAGUAAUAUGGCAGCAACAACAAUGCUAAAGCCCAAUACCAGGACGCGGAUCUCGCGGCUGUCCAAGAAGCCCAUCACCGCGGUGGCCGAGGGGCCGGAGAACGUGCCGCCUGCUUCGCUGCGCAGUUCUACUAGGAGGAAGAGUCCGCGGUUGCGUUAG